AUGAGUCUAUCAUCCCAACUAGAACGAUAUGCAAGCCAGGCAUCGUCAAGCGCGACCGCCAUUGCCACGUACCUCCGAUCCCUUGAGGACGAACCGCUGAUAAUGGAUGGCGAGUCGAUGGCCGCACCCGCGAUUGCGGCUGCCCAGCUCCAGCUUGCCGAAGCCGCGUUUGAGCUUCUGAAUCUCAGCCGAGAUCCAGGCGAUGUUCUAGCGCAUCUGACAGCCGAUCUGCAGUUAAUCUGCGCCUUGCGAUGGCUGUGCCACCACAAUAUCCCCUCACUGGUGCCUCCUGACGGUCGCAUCUUGUACUCGGAUCUUGCUCAAGCCGCAGAGGUUCCCGAGACUCUCCUCCGCAGUUCUCUUCGACUGGCGAUGACCAGUCACCUGUUCCAGGAGCCCGGUUUGAACACCGUGUCCCACAGCCCGGUUUCGCGCCAGCUGGCUAGCAACCCUGGCCUCAAGUGUUGGGGGCGGUACUUUGCCGGCACCGUCAUUCCCACGGCUGUUCGGCAUCUGGAUGCCAUUGACACAUGGCCCGGUAGCAAGAAGGUGAACGAGACCGCGCACAACCUGGCCUUUGACCAUGACGGCUCCUUCUUUGACUUUGUGUCUCAAAAUGUCUCGCUCACCGUGGAGUUUGCCAACUCGAUGAAAGCGAUCUCGGGGGCAAGAUCAUUCAGCCUUUCCCACAUAGCCAGGAGUUACGAGUGGGCAUCACUGGGGCAAGGUCUGGUGGUGGAUAUGGGCGGCUCUACCGGCCAUGUCAGCGUCACGCUUGCAAAGGAGUUUCUGGACCUGCAAUUCCUCAUUCAAGACCUGCCCGAUGUUGUUGAACAGAGCAUCGAGCGGUUUGCGGACCGCAAGCUGCCCCGUUCCAUCACCUCGAGGAUCCGGUUCGAGGGCCACUCCUUCUUUGACCCGCAGCCGGUCCAGGGGGCAUCCGUCUACCUGCUGCGUCAUAUCCUGCAUGACUGGCCCGAUGCGGAGGCAGUGUUGAUUCUACGGAAUAUUCUGCCGGCAAUGGGGCCGAAGAGCAGGAUCAUCAUUUCCGAUAUCGUUCUCCCUACGCCGGGCUCCAUUCCUGCCACAGAGGAGCGCGUCAUGCGUUGUAAUGAUCUGCUCCUUCACCAGUUUACGAACACUUUUGAGAGAACAAUCGAGGAUUGGGAGGUUCUCAUCACAUUGGCAAGCGACCAGCUAUGCAUCCGCCAGAUCCAUAGAGAUCCGGGCAGUAUUCUGUCUCUGAUGGAGCUUACACUCGCAUAA